AGCAUCUGGGUGGCUGUCAGCUGGCCAUGUUUAGUAAAAGACUGAGUCAUCUGAGUCGCUCUCUUGCCAAGGGAUGCGCAAAGGUUUUGUCUGAGCAGCCAAACAGGACUACAGUUGUCGUAAAAAGAAAAUGGCCCGCUAAAUUAGGAAACGGUGACGAAUUUGCCAGAUUGAAGACGAGGAAUUUUAUUUAUGAAGUUGUGGAGAACCGGGCGCAGGCAAAACACCCAGAUGUCCGCGUGAUCCUGGCCGACAAUGUGGAAGGUUUUGGCGCAGAAGGUGACGUCAUUGACGUGCGAGCAAAUAUCGCGAGAACUUGGCUGCUCCCAUCAAAAGUGGCCGUCUAUCCGUCGCCAGAAAAUCUCGAAAAAUACGAGCGAAUAAAAAAAGAGAGAGGAGACACUGGGCCAAGACACACGGCUUAUGCGAUGGGGACAAUUCGAGCGUUACGAGAUAUGGAACUGGUUAUUCCAAUGAAUCGGAAUGCAGAUUGGAGCCUGACCAAGACUCAUGUCCGUGUCGCAUUUAGAAAAAUGGGAAUAGAAGUACCAGAUGAUUGUAUCACAAUGCCAGAGGAAGAUAUUUCACACGAUGUCAGCGGAGAGGACUUUACAGUCGGAGUGACGGUGAAUGGAAUCGAGACCGUCCCAGUUUCGACAAAAAUCGUCUAUUGGGAAUUGGACGAGCUCGGGAAUCUCCCUGAUAUACCGCAGAUCCAAGUUAAGAAGGACAGGCGGUGGUCGGCCAAGGACAUUAUAACAAAAUCAUAGCAGAGUUAUCAUGUGAUGAGUUUGGAAAGACAUUCAUGUUGACUCUUUUGAUAGGACUGAUGGCGCCUUAGUGUUGCAUAGUGGUGGUAACAGACAUUAAAACCAAUGGUUGGAAAGCUUUCGAUAAGCGGUAUUUUCUCCAGUGAAACAGCUAUGAACUGACGUCAAAAUCACAAAAUGUCAAAUAUUUGUCCAUUCUUUUUGGAGUGGACAUCUCACUUUCUCCUCAUGUUUAUGGCACCAGUUGAUGUUGUUUUGUGGAAAUAAAAGAUUUUCGAAAAGAUUAUUG